UUGGUUUCAAGUUUGGUUUUAACAGAUCAAAUCAUUGCAAAGAUAAAGCCUGCCAUCUACACCAUCAGUUUUGACUGCACUGCGGGCAACAUCACCGAAGCCACGGUCGCAGACGCCUCGUUCCCCUUCGGCUACACCGCGGCCCAGUUUGACGCCUGUCUGGCCGUGAGGGUCCUCAGAGAUAACCUGGCGGCGGUCACGGAGAAAGUGGAUGACAACGAUUACCAGAGAAUCAUUCUGAGCAAGCUGAAGCAGGUGUAUCCCGCCGGUCUGUCCGACAGCGUGCUGCAGCUGCUCGCCUCUGUUUCACGACAGGCCACGGUGGAGGAGAUCAGGACCUGGAACAUCACCACCAUCGACACGCUGACAGCACUGAUGGACCAAAACAAUGGAGAAUGGGUCAAAGACAAGAGUAAGGAGGUGAUCCUCAGGUAUCUGAGUAUGGCCGGUCACACUUUAGGCACUAAUGAGCUGAACGUCAUCGGCUCCAACAUCUGCGCACUGAACAUCUCAACACUUCAGAGCAUUACAGCAAGAGACCUGAGCAAUGCAGAAGUUCUGGAUCUGUCCUCGUGUUCAUAUGAACAGAAAUCAGUUCUGUACAGCACUGCCAACUCCUCGUUCAGAGCUCAACGCAGCAACGGCCCUAUUUACUUCCAUCUCAUCAGCCCAUACCUCGGUGGUGCUCCGGUUGAGGACGUGAGGGCUUUGGCCUCUUCUAACAUCACUAUGGACAUCAGCACCUUCAGAAGCCUCAGCAUACCUGUUGUGACGGGUCUGAGCGUGUCUGAUGUGCGCGCUCUCAUGGGUUCAGCCGUGGCCGAUCUGAAGGUGUUUGAGAAGGACUCUGUGGUUCAGGCCUGGAUCGCCUCACAGCCGCAGUCUCAGUUAGACACACUGAACGUGGGUCUGCAAGGAGGCCGAGCCGAUCCCAGCACAUCCACACCUGUCACCGCCCAAAACAACAGCACCGCUAACGGCACCGGCACUGUCACCGGCACCGGCAAGCAGUCAACGGCUCCCGGCCAAUCAGCUGCAGCAACAGUCACUGUACAAGGAUCUGCAACAGCUCUUCAUCUCGGUCCAGGCCUGUGGCUCGUCGCGUCCUGCGUGUGGCUUCUGACCUUCACAUGAUACGAUACCUGAGCCACCAUGAUCAAAAAUCAUCAUCAGAAAUCAGUCAGAUUGACACAAGUGCUCCAUUAGAUCAAUAUCACUAAUCAAUAAUGAAAUAUUAGAAAUGAAUGAGAGCAAUAUUAGAUUAAU